CACUGAAUUGCCAGGCCGUGCCUAGAAUACGUCCAAAGACGUUUCUGGAUUGUACGCAGUUUGUAGCGUUUUUGGCUUACUGGGACAAUAGUGCUUGCAAUGGAGUGAUCGAAUUGCUUUGUAACAUUAUAGACGUACAAUAUCUAGCACCGGAUUCAUUUCGUUUUGUAAAUUAAGUCGACACUUUUGGACAUAACCUAGUAUUCAUAAGAGUAGUGUAAUUACUAUAAUUUUUUUCUUGUAGUAUUUCAGAUUGUUUUAUGUUUGAAAAUAGAAUACCAAAGUAGAAACCAGAAAGGAAUAAUUUGGCUCUUACGAAGUCAGUGAAAGCGAAAGCUUAGAAACAUUCAAAAUAUGGCAGAUACAUCGAACUCUCCGAGUGCUGGAGAAGCAGCAGAAAUUUCAAAAAGAGUUUCCAAAAUUAAGCAUGACUGGUACCAAACUGAGAGUCAUGUCGUCAUCACAAUUUUGGCGAAGAAUACGAAAGAGGAAAACGUGAAAGUAGAAUUUGGCGAUGAAAAUCUUGCUGUUUCCGCACAAUUACCUGAUGGCUCCGAUUAUGAGCUGAAGUUAAAUUUGACCUACCCCAUCAUCUCUGGCCAAUCAGCAAUCAAAGUAACAGCAUCAAAGAUAGAGAUAAAAUUAAAGAAGCGUGAUGGUCUUAGAUGGGCAACACUGGAAAGAGAUCCAACAACUUCUGAAGUUGCACAACCCAUGCCCGAAGCUGUGUUAGAUGCUGGUCCUCCAAAGUAUCCUAGUUCUGCACCAAAAGCAAAAGACUGGGAUCGUGUUGUUGGAGAUAUUGCUAAACAAGAAGGGGAUGAAAACCCUGAAGGAGAUGCUGCACUUAAUGCUCUGUUCCAGAAAAUCUAUUCACAGGGAUCUGAUGAAGUGAAAAGGGCCAUGAAUAAAUCAUUUCAAGAAUCGGGUGGAACUGUUCUUAGCACCAACUGGAAAGAAGUGGAACGAGAAAAGGUGGAGGUGAAAGCCCCAGAUGGCAUGGAGUGGCGGAAGUGGGAGCAGUGAAGAAGAUUUCUGGUUCUCGGGAUUGUAUAGGCUUACUUGAUUAUGCGAUGAAGAAGGUUUUGUGUUGCUUUUGCUUCUGGCUAGGAGAAGAAAGAAACUUUGUUAUAUACAGUGAAGAAUUGGUACAACCAGUUAUAUUAUUGUUAAAAUGUCCAGUGCUGUUCAUUAACAUGAAUAUAAAAAUUUCUGAUAUUUAAUAAUAUGAUACAAAAAAUUUGGUGGUUUAAAUUAUGUAAAUGUAUUUUAACUACAGUAACAGACUGAACAGAGUGUAUUGAUGUAAGAGUUAAUAUGACAAUUAUAAAUUCAGCAGUUACUCAACUUUGGCAUGUUUUUAUUAUCAUGUUCCUUAUUACAUAAAGUGUAAGACAAAUUCUGUAACCUAUAGACCUGUUACUAAGCAAUGAAUUUGUAAAUAACAGCCAUUGCUAGGUAAUGGCCAUAAACAGCCGCAGAGGAAAUGUGUUCCUUACGUGGUAUGAAUGAUAUCCACAUGAUGCAACAAUAGAAGAACUGUUCAGAGAAGUAUUUUCUAUGUUGUGCAUUGUGUGAUUUCUGCAGUUGGAAGCCAGUUAGUUCAGAUGCUUAGCUGCAGUGAGAUAAGCAACAGCCAGCAAAGUUGUGAUGCUGUGAACUUGGAAGUUGAGGGAUUGUACAGUUGUGACUGAUUUUAAGCCAUAAGUCCUUUGUAUUGCGGCCACUUCUGGCCUAUUAUAGUUAACUAUUGUAGUUCACUUAUUGGUAUUUAGCCUGUUCGAAUGUGGGCAACACUGCUGAAGUUUCAGAGGUACAGCUGGUGUAUGGCAUGCAGUAGUGUUUGAUUAACAGUAUACAUAGGUAAUCAUUUUUAUUUUAAAAUUUGCUCGAGUAAUCUGUUGUUGGUAAUCUGUUUUUGCUGAAGAAAAACUGAUGUGGGUUGUUA